AUGUCAGCCUAUUCUUCGGAUACUCCAACUCUUUCCAUUCCAAUCGGAGUCACUCUUCAAAAUUUGGAUGUGUUUGAGUCUUUCUAUCCUGCUAUAAUGGAACAAAGACUUACUCCAAUUGGCAGAAUUUUCUCUCCAAUUCCAACUUUUUGUUUUACUGGACUGGAUGUCAUUUCCGAUUAUCAAUUGAGUCUUCGAUUUGAGAAAAUCUGCGAGGGAAAGUACCAGUACUCCACAAUUAAAAACAGAUGGGUGAUCGAUUAUGGAUCAAGUCUGAAUCGUGUUCCAAGUGACAAAAACAUCUUCAUGAUGCAAAAUAUUCAAACUGGAGCAGCUCUGAUGCGAAAGGAAAUUGAUUUCAAAGAUCCUCAAGUGGCUUCCAUCAAAUCAUCUCUCAACGGUUAUGCAAAGAAAACCAUGCUACUUACGCUUCAAAACCAUCGACUUCCGACUCCUCCAAUCUUGACUCCAACACCGACUCAAGGAUUUAACCACCGUCGAACUGCAAGUUCUGAUAGCAACAGUCCAAUAUGCGUCCCACCAGCGCCAACACCAUCUUCUUGCAAUAGCUCUCCUGUCGGAAACUGCUGCCAGGUUCGAUCAACCAGUUCCGGAUCAAAUACAUAUUUUGCUGGUCGUGAACAUCAAUUCAAUUUACCUCACCCCGCCGGAUCCUUCAACAACUUCUGUCCAGGGAUCCACCACCCACCACCUGGAUACCACUUCAAUCCUCCAGUCUACAGUCAUCCUCCUCCAAUCUGUAAGCCUUCAAAAUCUUUAAAUGUUCUUGUCUAUUCACCAGUGUUUGGAGGAAGUCACAGCAAGUUUAUGGGCAAUAUUGCCGAUGCUUUGACGGAAGCUGGGCAUAAUGUGACAUUCCUGGUUCCAGUUGCAGAUGUCACAAGGAGACAUGAAAUUGGAGUCAAACUCACAAAAAAUGUGAUCAUCGUGGAUAAGCCAAACCAAGAUGAGACGAAUAUUCAAAGCAUUGAUAUGGAUGAAGUUUUAAGACCUCUAUGGACUAUUCAAAAUAGACCAGUGGAUUUUGAGACUUGCUUCGUCUUCUUCCUAGAGAUGAUGAAGUCGAAUUGUGACGAUUUCACAUCUAACAAGAAAGUUUUCGAAGAACUUUCCAGAACAAAGUUCGAUGUGGCAAUCGCAGAGCCAGUUUCUAUUUGUGGUUUAGGUUACUUCGAUGCCCUUGGAAUCAAUAAAACUAUUCUGGCUUCUUCUACAACCCAUUACGAAGGAGUCGUGAGAAAUUCUGGAGAGCCAGUUGAUAUGAGUUACGUACCUGUUCAUGGAGCAUAUUUUGAUGAAAAAAUGGACAUUUUCCAAAGAUAUACAAAUUGGGCAGCCGCGCAUGUAAUGGCUGAAAAUCUAGAAGUGCUGUUCGACGAAGAAAUGGAGAGAUAUCGGAAAAAUCUUGGAGCAAACAUCGGUCAUUGGAGGGAUUUGAUCCCCUUGGCUUCUGUAUUCUUCACAAAUCGAAUCAGUAUCUGGAUUUUCCACGUCCAGUCAUUCAAAAAACUGUUGGAAUCGGAGGGAUUUCAAAAUUCGAUUCUGGACACAAUUAAACAAUUCCCAAAUGUAACCUUCGUUUGGAAAUACGAAUCAGAUGACCUUAAAUGGGCCGAAGGGGUAGAAAAUGUGCAUUUUCUGAAGUGGAUCCCUCAAUCAGCUCUUCUAAAUGAUGACCGAGUAACUGCCUUCCUUACCCAUGGUGGUCUUGGAAGUACGAAUGAGUUGGCAUAUCUUGGAAAACCGGCUAUCGUUGUUCCGAUAUUCGGGGAUCAAGGAAGAAAUGCACCAAUGUUGGCAAGACAUGGUGGAGCUCUUGUGCUUCAAAAGUUUGAUUUGGACAGAAAAGAAAUUCUAGUGAAUUCGGUCCAGAAAAUAAUGUUUGAUAAAAGGUGGUUAUGCUCAAAAAGCGAAGCAACUCUCGCAACUUCUGAAUUCAACUCCAUUCUCUCCAAAAGAAUUGGUGGUGAAGCACACGGAAUUCGUAGGGCAAUUCGGACCACUCAUUCAAAUGGAUCCGUAUAUUCGUCAUUUGAAUUGGUUCCAGAAGACAUUUGCCGACAUUUAUCUUUUCAUGAUCUUAUUUUAUUCACUUGUAGUGUUUGUACCAUUAUAUGUUCUCAGAAAACUUUAUAG